GGAGUGUCUUCAAGUGGCUGAGCACAGCAAACUGUCAGUGUUUCUUGCUCACUCACUAGUGUGCUCAGGAGGGGAGCCAGGUACCUGGAGUGCCAGGACCUCAUCUGUGACAAUGACAACAGACAAGCUGGUUUUCUUUGUGAACGGCAAAAAGGUGGUGGAGAAAAAUGCCGACCCAGAGACAACCCUCCUGGCCUACCUGCGAAGAAUGAUGGGACUGAGCGGCACCAAACUGGGCUGCGGGGAGGGCGGCUGUGGGGCCUGCACGGUGAUGAUCUCCAAGUAUGAUCGGCUCCGCAAGGAUGUGGUCCACUUCUCCAUCAAUGCCUGCCUGGCUCCUAUCUGCUCCCUGCACCACGUUGCUGUGACGACGGUGGAGGGCAUUGGAAACACCAAGACCAGGCUGCACCCAGUGCAGGAGAGAAUCGCCAAAAGCCAUGGCUCCCAGUGUGGCUUCUGCACACCGGGCAUCGUCAUGAGCAUGUACACGCUGCUGCGGAACCAGCCCAACCCCUCCAUCGCAGAGAUCGAGGACGCCUUCCAAGGGAACCUGUGUCGCUGUACCGGCUACAGGCCCAUCCUGCAGGGCUUCCGGACCUUUGCUCGGGAUGGUGGGUGCUGUGGAGGGAAGGGCGACAACCCCAACUGCUGCAUGAACCAGAGCAAAGACCAGGUGCAGGUCAACGCUUCGCCAUCUUUGUUCAACCCCAAGGACUUCAAGCCCCUGGACUCUACCCAGGAGCCCAUCUUCCCCCCCGAGCUGCUGAGGCUGAAGGACACCCCUCAGACGCAGCUCCGGUUUCAAGGGGAGCGGGUGACAUGGGUGCAGGUGGCAACCCUGACGGAGCUGCUGGACCUCAAAGCAGAGCACCCUGAGGCCAAGCUGGUGGUGGGGAACACAGAGAUUGGUGUCGAGAUGAAGUUCAAGAACAAGCUAUUUCCUUUGAUUGUCUGCCCAGCCUGGGUCCCUGAGCUGAACACUGUAGUGCAUGGGGCUGAGGGCAUCUCCUUCGGGGCUGCCUGCUCCCUGAGCUUAAUGGAGAGGACCCUGGUCAAGGCGGUGGCUGACCUCCCAGCCUACAAGACUGAGGUGUUCAAGGGCAUCCUGGAGCAGCUACGCUGGUUCGCAGGGAAGCAGGUCAAGUCUGUGGCGUCCAUUGGUGGGAACAUCAUCAAUGCCAGCCCCAUCUCUGACCUUAACCCUGUGUUCAUGGCCAGUGGGACUAAGCUGACCAUUGUGUCCAGAGGCACCAGGAGGACACUGCAGAUGGAUGCCACCUUCUUCCCCAGCUACAGGAAGACCCUGCUGAGCCCUGAGGAGGUCCUGCUCUCCAUUGAGAUCCCCUACAGCAGGGAGGGCGAGUUCUUCUCAGCCUUCAAGCAGGCCUCACGCAGGGAGGAUGACAUAGCCAAGGUGACCUGUGGCAUGAGAGUCCUGUUCAAGCCGGGGACCAUGGAAGUGGCAGAGUUGGCCCUCUGCUACGGUGGGAUGGGUGACAGGACCCUCUCUGCAGGGAAGACUGCCAAGAAGCAGGUGUCCAGGUUCUGGAACGAGCAGCUGCUGGAAGAUGUGUGUACUGGCCUGGCGGAGGAGAUGAAGCUGCUUCCCAACGCCCCCGGUGGCAUGGUGGAGUUCCGGCUCACCCUAACCCUCAGCUUCUUUUUCAAGUUCUACCUGACGGUGCUCCAGAAACUGGGCAGGGAGGACCCUGAGGAUAAGUGCGGCAAGCUAGACCCUACUCACGCCAGCGCCACGCUGCUCUUUCAGAAAGACCCGCCCUCCAAUGUCCAGCUCUUCCAAGAGGUGCCCAAGGGUCAAUCUGAGGAGGACAUGGUGGGCCGGCCCCUGGUGCACCUGGCUGCGGAGAUGCAGGCAUCUGGAGAGGCCGUGUACUGUGAUGACAUCCCCCGCUACCAGCAUGAGCUGUCCCUACGGCUGGUCACCAGCACUGUGGCCCAUGGCAGGAUCAAGUCCAUUGAUUGUUCAGAAGCUAAGAAGGUUCCAGGGUUUGAGUGCUUUCUCUCUGCUGAUGAUAUUCCUGGGAGUAAUGUAACUGGACUUGGCAAGGACGAAACAGUGUUUGCAAAGGACGAGGUGACAUGUGUGGGUCACAUCAUUGGUGCCGUGCUGGCAGACACCCCAGAACACGCACAGAGAGCCGCCCAGGGGGUGAAGGUCACCUAUGAGGAGCUUCCGGCCAUCAUCUCCAUCGAGGAUGCUAUUAAAAACAACUCCUUCUAUGGAGAUGAGAUCAAGAUCGAGAAGGGAAACAUCGAGAAGGGCUUUUCAGAAGCAGAUAAUGUGGUUUCAGGUGAGCUGUACAUCGGCGGCCAGGAGCACUUCUACCUGGAGACCCACUGCACUAUCGCCAUCCCCAGAGGAGAGAACGGGGAGAUGGAGCUGUUCGUGUCUACCCAGAACACCAUGAAGACCCAGGAAUUCGUGGCCAAAAUGUUGGGGGUGCCCGAAAACCGAAUUGUGGUCCGAGUGAAGAGGAUGGGAGGAGGCUUUGGAGGGAAGGAGACCCGGAGCACCUUAGUGUCCACUGCCGUGGCCCUGGCUGCAUAUAAGACUGGCCGGCCCGUUCGCUGCAUGUUGGACAGAGAUGAGGACAUGCUGGUCUCAGGGGGCAGACAUCCCUUCCUGGCCAGAUACAAGGUUGGCUUCAUGAAGACAGGAAAAGUGGUGGCCCUGGAGGUGGAGCACUACAGCAAUGCCGGCAACUCCAUGGAUCUCUCACAGAGUAUCAUGGAUCGCGCCCUCUUCCACAUGGACAACUGCUACAAGAUCCCCAACAUCCGGGGCACCGGACGUCUGUGCAAGACCCACUUGCCAUCCAACACAGCUUUCCGGGGCUUUGGGGGCCCCCAGGGGAUGCUGGUGGCUGAGUACUGGAUGAGCGAGGUGGCUGUGACCUGUGGGCUGCCCCCAGAGGAUGUGCGAAGGAAAAACAUGUACAAAGAAGGGGACCUGACACACUUCAACCAGAAGCUGGAGGGCUUCACGGUGCCCCGGUGCUGGGACGAGUGCCUGGCCAGCUCACAGUACCAGGAGCGCCGGAAGCAGGUGGACCAGUUCAACAGGGAGAACUGCUGGAAGAAGAGAGGGCUGUGCAUAAUCCCCACCAAGUUCGGCAUCAGCUUCACGCUUUCUUUUCUGAAUCAGGCAGGGGCGCUGGUCCAUGUCUACACGGAUGGCUCUGUGCUGCUGACCCAUGGGGGCACUGAGAUGGGCCAAGGCCUUCAUACCAAGAUGGUGCAGGUGGCCAGCAGGGUCCUGAAGAUCCCCACCUCCCGGAUCCACAUCACUGAGACCAGCACCAACACCGUCCCCAACACAUCCCCCACAGCUGCCUCUGUCAGCUCUGACCUCAACGGGCAGGCUGUCUACGCUGCCUGCCAGACUAUCCUGCAGCGGCUGGAGCCCUAUAAGAAUAAGAAGCCUGCAGGCUCCUGGGAUGAAUGGGUUUUGGCUGCCUACCAGGAUGCUGUGAGCCUAUCUGCUACGGGGUUCUACAAAACACCCAACCUUGGCUACGACUUCAAGACCAACUCAGGGAAGCCCUUCCACUACUUCACCUAUGGGGUGGCUUGCUCUGAGGUGGAGAUUGACUGCCUGACAGGGGACCACAAGAACCUCCGCACAGACAUCGUCAUGGACGUGGGCUCCAGCCUCAACCCUGCCAUCGACAUCGGGCAGGUGGAGGGGGCAUUUGUCCAGGGCCUGGGGCUCUUCACACUGGAGGAGCUGCUGUACACCCCUGAGGGCGGCCUGCAGACCCGGGGCCCCAGCACCUACAAGAUCCCCGCUUUCGGGAGCAUCCCUGUGGAGCUCAGGGUGUCUCUUCUCCGGGACUGCCCCAACAAGAAGGCCAUCUAUGCCUCCAAGGCUGUCGGAGAGCCCCCCCUCUUCCUGGCUGCCUCCAUCUUCUUUGCCAUCAAGGAUGCCAUUGGGGCAGCCCGGGCUCAACACCCUGAGUUCAGCACAAAGCCGCUCUUCCAGCUGGACAGCCCGGCCACCCCUGAGAGGAUCCGCAAUGCCUGCAAUGACAAGUUCACCUGCAUGAGCUCCACUCCUCUGCCCGAGAACUGCAAGCCCUGGUCUCUGAGGGUGUGAAGAGAGAGCCCAUCGGGGUCUGCUGGUCCCCACUCCUGAGCCCCCAAGUUGCAGGGCACACACACUGCUGAGUGUGGGUCUUGAAUCCUGGUGGGAUGAUGGGGGCUCUAGGAUGGUGAGUGGAGGCAUGCUAAGUGCUUGAGGAGAUGCUGAUCAAAGCUGUGAUUCAAAACUCAAUGCUGAUCCAAACUGCAGGCCCCAUGGCCCUGUUCUUGGUUGUAUUAAUCAUGGGUCUGGAAUCUAUUGGGGAUACCCCUGCACUGUGGUCUGAAUCCCCAGGUCAUCCUGCAACCUCACACACCUACUCUUCAUGUCCCUAAGGGAGGCCUGAGGUCACCCCCUCCCUUCUUCAACGUGCCCAGAAUCAUGUCUCUGCAGGAAGCCUUUCUUUCUAACCCAUGGGCAUCACUGCAUGACCUCACCUGACACUCAGACCCACAUGAGACAAGGACUGAGCUGUAAGCCCCAGACUGGGGCUUGAACCCAUUUCCUUGCACGUGGUAAUAUGUGAUCUCAACCAUGUGCACCGACCACUGCCCAGCCCCUAGGACGUGCUUUUUUAUUGUGAUCGUCUUGCUCACUGGAGAGAAUAAAAAGAAAAACCAUUGAGGCUAAUCAGGCUCCAUGCUGUUCAGGAGCAGAAACGAAGAUGCUCUGUUCCUGGCAGCUAAGCCCCCAGUAGCUGCCUACCUGCCAUCUGCCGAUCUCCUCCCUGCCCCCCUUCCCUGCACUAAGCAAAGAAGCCUGAAAGACCAGCUCUAAACAUCUUCAACAGAGGAUCCUAGGGGGUGGGUGCAGCACUGGGCUUGCAAGUGUGAGGUCUUGAGAUUGAACCCCCAGCGUCACACAGGUGCUCUAUUUUAUCACUCCUCUCUCUUUCUCAUUGACAAACCAGUAAAUCUUUCAAAAAUCUUCAUUUGGUUUCAGAAUGAUGUUUAUUGGAGGAUGAACCCAUUCAGGGACCAGUGUGGGGAAAGGCCCACUGUCUGGGAAGUGCAAGGCAUCAUCUCCAUGAGGGUCUGAGGGGGUCAACCCUGAGCCCCCUCCUCAUAGGAGGGGUGGCAGGCAGGUCCCCACUUGACCCCAUGGCUGGUGAUGGUGUUUUCUAGACCAGGAACUUCCUUGCACAUACUUCCUUGUUCCUUUUGAACAAAAGCCAUAAGUUACCAUAUAUGGCCAACUGAAACCCACUGCAAAUAUCCUGGUUUUGCUUAACUGCCCCCUUCAUCCCUGCCCUGAGGUGCUCCUGACUCAUCUUUAGAGAGAAGCCUGCCUAUGCAUGGCCAGACCUUGUAUGGUGACUUCCCAGUAAUGAACAAACACCUGCUAGGUCAAGACUUAACCCUGUGUUGUGUGUGUGGCUUAAUAAUUACCUUAACCUUUUCCUAACCCUUGGGUAUAUCUACCUGCUUGUACCCACAAACAAAUGAGUUAUCUCUCUG